AGAAUGCUUUUCUUGAUCAUUUUGCUUUUAAACACAGAAACAUAUUGGUUACGAUGCAAAGUUUUGUUUUGCGUCUUCUAUGGUUCCUUAGCUCAUCUAUGUUAGUUUGAAUACAUUUGCGGUUGACAGAUUGAAACAGAAAGUCCCUUCACUCUUUCAGAUUAUUAAGGUAUGAAUGAGACAAUUGGUCAUCUGUGAGGUUUUAAUACAUAGGUUAAAAUCUAUUUUGCCUCCAACCAAAUUGAUUAAAAAUUGUAUGCCAAUUUUAUACACACCGGGUAUCACAUUAUAGCACAAUGUUUGAUGAGCUGGAAAAAGAACGCCAGUUGUCUGGUCUGGAUGCCGAAGAAUUGCGUGUAUAUCUGGCAGACGACAGAGCGGAUUCGUUUGAAGAAAUAAAAGACAUAAUCGCUCGGUAUCCUGAAAUGACAAACCCAACAGACCUCGACUACCUAAACGCAGAUAGGAAGGAAAAAUACGAAAUAAAUUUGAAGCGUUUUUCCGCACUCAUGAAAGCAACAAGAGCAGGAGAUAUUGAUCCGCGAAAAGAUAUUGACAAAUUUUACACCCUACUUACGGUAAUCAGACAUCCAGUGAUUGGUCUUCAUAUUUCAAUGGUAGUUCCCACUCUUGAAAAACUAAUGACUGACGAGCAAUGGGCAGAAUGGGAACCCCUUGUCUUGACUUUCAAGGCCAUUUUUGCCUACGCUCAGACGGAAGUAGGUCAUGGAACUUGGUUGAGCAAGUUAGAAACUACAGCCGAAUUUGAUCACUUAAGUGACGAGUUUGUGAUUAACUCAAACGGAUUAACAGGUUAUAAAUACUGGCCCGGUUACCUCGCAAAAGGCUGCAGUCACGCCCUUGUCAUGGCCCAAUUGAUUGUAAAAGGUCAAAACUUGGGACCGCAUCUGUUUGUGGUUCCUGUCAGAUGUACCAAAACUUAUAAGUCACUUCCAGGAAUUGACGAUGGCGACAUUGGGCCGACUUACUCAAUUUACGAGCGAGAUAACGGUUUUGUGGGGUUCAAAGAAGUGAGAAUCCCCCGCAAAUAUAUGCUGAUGAGAUACCAGUCAGUUGACAAAGAUGGAAAUUACAGAAGCGAAGCAAGUACGAAGCUGAUGUUUGCAGGAAUGCUCAAGAUCAGAAGUUUGUUGGUACCCUAUGCCUCCAUGCUUACAACAAUUGGCACCGUAGUAGCAACUAGAUACAGCAUCGUGCGUAGGCAGUGCGAACUGAUCGAAGGUGAAGGUGAGAUGAGGAUUGUGGAUUAUGUUACCCAGCAAGACAAACUGUAUCCUGCUAUUUGUCUCGUUUUUGCGCUGCAGUCCUGUCACAAACAGUUGCAGAAAGAGGUCAAGAAAGUUGAGCAAGAGGUGAUUCAGGGAGUCUACGACGGAGUGACUCCUCUACACUAUUUAUUAGCUGGGUUGAAAGCAUUCGCAAGUUCUGAGGCAUUAAAGCGUCUAACAGUGCUGCGCGGUGCAUGUGGAGGUCACGGCUUCUCUCUCAGCAGUAACAUUCCCCCAAUGAUGACAGAAGCGGAUGCUAUGUGUACGUAUGAGGGAGACAAUGUAGUCAUGCAUCAACAGUGUGCUCGAAGUCUGGUCCGGUGCUUCUUAAAAAAGACGAUGGGAGAGAAGCAAGUUGGAUUUAUGAAAUAUCUGGACAACGAAGAUUCCGAAAUCCUACUUUGGGACUACAACGUGCUAAUGAACUUAGACUUACUGAGGCUUGCUUACGAACAGAGAGCCAGAUAUGUACUCACGAUUGCGUGUAAAAGUAUGCAGAAUCACAUGGACCGAGACGGUUGCUCCAAGGAGCAAGCAUGGAUUAAUUCAGCUGUUCAGCUUGUGAACGCGAGCAUAGCUCAUUCUCACUUGUACGUCGCAUCUCAGCUUAUGAAUGCGCCAACAACUACAGAUAUGUCACCUUUAUUGUCUUCGGUGCUACGUAAAGUUUGUAUUCUCUACUGCUUGAUCGGGAUCCGGGAUAACCUUGGCGAGUUCCUUGCUUGUGAAGUGUUUCGCAGAGACCAAACGGAGAUGAUUUUCGAGGGCAUUCUGCAACUCUACAUGGAACUUCGCCCUCAUAUCCUGAAGCUAGCAGAAGGUUUUGGCUUGCCGGAGUUUAUUAUCAAUUCAACUAUUGGUGCUUCUGAUGGCAGGGCCUAUGAAAGGCUGAUGGAGUGGUCUCGAAAGUCAUCGCUGAACGACAAAAAAUUCAAGUCGGAAAUGUUCGAAAAGUACUUGAAACCCGUUUUGAAAGCGGAAAGCAAGCUGUAGAUAAAAUUGAAUUUGAUUUCCAUUUUUCCAGUAUAAUUUUUAACUGUACAGAUCAUGUAAUAUAGAAAGUACUAAA